AUGCACGUGGGGGGGGCAAUUGCGCGAGUUUUGCUCAAGGACCCCGAAAAUAUCCCGUUGGUGGCCAUGGUGACGCUGGGGCUCGCGAUGGGAUCUGCCACGUGUGUGCGCUACUUGGUGGCGUCGCCGGACGUCCGCAUCAGCAAGCGGAGCCGCGAGAACUGCUUGUAUUACCUGACGGACAAGGAAAAGGAGGCCGCCGAGAAGUUUCAAAAGUAUCGCCACGCGUUGGCAAAUCUGUCUGCCAACCCAAUCAACCGAGACCCGAGCUUUCAGGCCCAUCACGCCCGCGGCAGUGGCGCAUAA